AACCACGUGUGUACACUGUUGACACGAAGAAGGCGCUAAAAAUUAUUCGUAAAUGAUGAGAGGCAAAGAAAGAUAAGAGUACAACCAGGUCUAUAUUAUAAGGCUGAACAGCUUUACAUAGUCUCAGAAAACUACAGUGCCCACAUUCAGUAUCAGAGUCACAAAGGAUUUGUAAGCACCAGUAAUAUCAAGAAUUGGGACUGGAAAAAGUGGUGAGGCGGGGAUCAGUCUGAACAGGAAACGAUGACGGUGAAGGGUCCAUGGAAACUACCGGUGCUGAAACAUCAGAGUGCCGACACUGCCAAUCACCAAAAAAACCCUUGGGAUGGAUCCCCCACUGGUCUGUCAAAAGGCAGAAAAGAGCGCCUUUCGAAAAUUGUCACAGAAAGGGGCCAGAAGAUGGGGAACCAAGGCAAGCACGUCAGCCCUAUUGGUACAGAUUACGAGAGGAGGAAACAGUUUGUCGCCCCAGGAACAGACACGAAGGUUCCUGGAAAGGCCUUGAAUGAGAAACGAACCAAAAAACUCCCUCGCAUGAAAACUAAAGAAGAGAUUUUGCAAGGAAUAGCCACCCUUGGGAGAUCAGGUUCUGAUACGUGGCCUGAUUUAAAACUCCUCAGUAGAACCCCUGAGAUGUGUCAGGUUAUGGAGGACAUUGAAGCUGAGAAAAACUCCCGUCAGCAUGCUGAAUUGAUGGAGGACCUUGAUUCUAUCAAGGGCAGAGUUAAAGAGGCUCUGUGUCAUGUAGAGAUGUAUGAUGUAGGAGAGGAUUUAGAUGAGGCCAACAAACUUCCACCAAUAGAUAGCAUGGAAACUCUGAAGAAGAGAAGAGAAAUGGUGAACAAAGAAGGAGCUGAGCUAGAGGAGGGGGUGAAGACUUACAUAGGAGGCUGUCAGGAACGACAAGACCUCCUAGUAGACGUUGACCACUGGCUAUCCUCUAUAGAUCUGACCAGUGAUCUUCCAGCUGAGGCACACAUUGAUCAAGUGAGCAGACAUUUCUGGGAAGUUCACCGUCAUGUUAUGUUAGCUCUCAACAGAUAUGAAAGCUUGAGUGAAAAAGUCAUGGAAUUUGGGAGCAGUCUAUUGACCACAACAAAUGCCAUGAUACAGGAAAAGAAGGAGAAUGCUAGAGAUAUGGCAGAGGGGGCAAAAAAGAAAAUUAAUGUUAUUAAUGAGAGACAGCUCUUGGCUGACCAGAAGAAGUGGGACUCUGCUGUUAAAAUGGUCAUGAGUACGUUUGAGGAAGCCAUGAAGUGGACGAAGAAUGCAGCACAUCAAAAUCUGUUCAAAAGGGGCCAGAUGCAGUUUAGGGAGCUCUCCUAUGGUAUGAAAAAGCGUAAUGCAGAACUGAAAAUGAAAGGAAAAGCAGAGGAAGAUGCUAAAUUGAAAUUGCAAAAAGCUAGAGCAGAGGUGGAAGAAAAGGCAAAAGAAUUUGAGAAUGUGAGGAAGAAUUUCAGAAAAUUAAAUGCAGAACUGGAGGACAAGAAACAAUUGCUGACUAUGACAAUGGAGAAUAAUACCAACCUAUCACAGAAGUGUCAGAAACAAGGAGUUCAAAUUAAAGAGUUACAGAAAGUUAUGGCUACACAAUCUGAGACAAUAGAGAGGGGCAAAUCUGCCUCCCACCCUCCUCACCUGCUCCAGGCUUCCCCGCCAGGGUCCUCACCCUCCUCUCCCCGUUCCUCGUCACCGCCUCAUUCAGCACGACAAGGAAUGGAAGAAACUGUAACUGAAUCAUCAGCUCAUGUGAAACUAGAUCAAACAGAGAAGGAACUCGAAGAAAAGGUGUCUAUUGCCACACUUCGUAAGAUGAAGAGCGAAAUCCGAAGCCUUGAAGGUUUACUAAGCAAAGAAAAAGAGAAAGUUAGACAGAUGAGUUUAGACAAGGGGGAAACCAAAAGAAAUGAUCAAUCACGCCAAGGCCUGGGACAAGAGAUUCAGAGGCUAAAGUCUAAGGAUGAAGACAGCACUUCUUACAAAACUCCAAGGGAGCACGCUGUAGAACGAGAGAGAGUGGAAGGUCAUCUGAACACAGAGAGACUUAGGAAUGUAGAGCUGGUGAAAGGACUGGAAGACAGAAGCAGACAGCAGGUCACGGCCCUACAGGAGGACGUCCUCAAUGUACUCAGGGCUGUCAUGCGCUUCAAAGACCAUGUCUGCACCAUUGUAGAGGGGGAAAACCUCAAGGACGCGGCCGAGGCACUGAAAGCCCUGGGCCCUAACAUACCUGACACGAUGACUCCAGAUCCAAAAGAAAUGUUUGAUUUACUCGUUGGAAGUGUGGUGGAGUUUAUGCAAAAUAUGGAAGUUGCGAUUGCUGAUGCUUUCUUGAGUAUGAGGGAGAUGAUAAAGAAAUCAAAGGAAUCGAAGGACACGAAGAGUGGAGAUGUUUCCAGGGUGGAGGAGAGAAAUAAGAAACAAAUGGAGGAUUCCAAAUCUGAGUUUAAAAAAAUUGAGUUUAAACUCAAGAUUGCUAAGCAAAGGCUGAUCAAGUUUGAACAAUUCAAAGACAAAGAGAAAGCCCAAGAAAGAAAAUACUUUGCCUUGCUUGAUCGAUACAGACGAAUCUGGAAAAUGUACAACAAUCUCAACAAAGAUAUGGCCAUGCUGCAAGAAGAUCUGGAUGAUACUGUUGCUGAAAAACUCCGAGAGAAAGAACAGAUUCUUAUAUCACAGAUCCAGAUGGAACUAAAAGAUAAGAAGAGGAUUGAUGACAAAGAGUUAGAAGUGAGUGUGGAAGACCAGAGGAAUAACAUCAGGAUGUUGAAACAGGCAUUCAAAAAGAACAGAAUAUCCAAGCAGUUGUAUUACAUGGCCCUGCCUCUCCUAGAGAAAUCAGCAGACCUUCCAAUCCGAAGAUUGCGCUUCAUGAUGGAAAAAUACAUUGCCUUUAGAUCUAUCAAUAAAACUAGAGCCCGAACCCAGAGGAUACUGAAUGAAGAAGACCUGAGCCAAAGCACCAGGCAUGGAAUGGAACUGUACCUCGAGAGACUGGAUGUGAAGUUAACCAAAACUAUGAACUUUUGGCAUGCCAAAAUUAACAGUCUGAACCAAGAAAGAAAGAUUCUUUUCAAAUUCAUCUGGAAAAUGUUUGGAGCUCUGUACGCAGAGUCUGGUCUGCUGCUCAUCCACCCAUUACUGAAGUCAUCAGCACGUGACAAAGCUGAGGGUUUUGGCAAGCUCGCAGCUCACGUUGAUAGAGAGACACUCAAAAAUCUAUGUUCCAAGGGCCACAAAAGAGUGUCAGACCUUUUCCGUCUUCCUUCCGUCUUGGAGGGCGUUGGUGUGUUUUCCACCAUGACAGACGAGCAGUCGUCAUGGGAUGCUCAGUUUUGUGAUGGAGAUAAUGCCAGUAACAAAGCAAUAAGAGAAUGUCCACAUCUACUGAACUACGAUAUCAACAGGGAACAAAUCAGAGCCCAGAGGAGCUUAGAAUUCCGGUCUGACAAAAGGAAUUGUGGUAGACCUGUGCAUCCCCCUCCAGGGUCCAGAAAUCACCACCUAAAAAAGACUCGAGAAUAUAUAACUGUCUAGUGAUUAGUCAACUCAUUUUAAAGGAAAUGUCCAUGUGCAUUUUCAUGGUUAUAUGUUAUUGUAGGGGGUAAUCUUAUUCUACAUGAUGUUUAAAGAUACUCUGAAUAAAAGUAUGAUGUUCGCUUAAAUCCAGUUUUGGGUAUGAU